GAGAAAAAGGAGAAGUGGCAAUAAAACAGGUCACCACAGAGGGAACAGAGACAGAGAGAAGCGUCAGAACCGAGAGUUUAAAGAGACUAAAUAAUACUAAAGUGGUUAAAUAAAAAAAUUCCAGUGUAAUAAAAGGGCUGUUUACACUGAACACAUACCGGGAUGAUCAUGGAACGAGUUUUGACUUUAGUAUUGCUGUGUGUGCUUUCUGCAUGGGCAAACAUCCCUGAUGUUGAGAAGGUUUCAGUCAUUGGUCGAACAGAGACUGAAUUAACAUUUCAAUGGAAAGUUGAAAACAGCAGUUACAGUUAUAAACUGGCAACAAAUGUCAUUGGAGACAUUCCAAUCAAUGCAUCAGAAGCUGAAUAUUUAAACUAUACAGUCUCACCUCUGUCUCCUGGGACUAACUACUCUUUCACACUCUACACUGUGUUUGAGAAUUAUACAAGCAAAGGAUUUUACUUUUCUAAUGUAACCACUCCAUCUAAUGUUAACAGUGUUUCAGUCAUCGAUCGGAAAGAAAAUCAGAUAACAUUACAAUGGAGUAAAGUCAACAACAGCAAUGAUUACGGUUAUGAGCUAUACUGGAACGAAGAAAACUCUUCAAUACCUAUAUCACAAACUAAUACAGUGGAAUAUAACGUCACGUCUCUGGAUGCUGGGACAGAAUACUUCUUUACGCUCUACACUGUGUUUGGACAUGUAAUGAGCAGUGGAUACAGCUUCACCAAUGUAACCAUGCCAUCUAAUGUUCAAGAUGUGAAUGUGAAGCUCAAUGACACCGAAAUGAUCUUACAAUGGGAUGUUGUAUCAAACACAAACAACAACACUUACACAUAUACUCUUGAAAACAAAGAUGAACUAACAGUGAAUUGCACUAAUCAAACUGCGGAAGGAAAUGAGGUAACAUGUGAUUUGUGGUAUUUGAAUUGUGGAACAAAUUACAGCUUCACUCUGUACACAGAGUUUGCUGAUCUGAGAAGUACUGGGUUCAACUUUUAUAACAUCACAACUCUAUCUGACAUAACUGAAGUUACAGUCAAUCGGUCACAGACAGAGUUGACUAUCUCAUGGAAUAAGUUAAACAAUAAUGACAUCUACAACUACACCUUGAAAAGUCAGGGAGAGGGGAGUGAGAAAAAUUUCACUGGAUCUGCUGUGGGUGAUGUGAUUACACAUACUUACUCAUCUCUCACACCAGGCACUGAACACAGUUUUACUCUCUUUACUGUGGUGAACAAAGCCUUCAGUAGAGGAUUCAGCUUUAAGAACGUCACUACCCUUUACUGUACAUCCUUUAACUGGACAGUAACCAACUCAUCAAUAGAGGCUAAAGUGAAUGGUAGCACAUAUGUGAAAGCUCAGAACAGCACUGGAAGUGUUAAAAAUGGCACUGUAAAUCAGAACAGCUUGACUCUGCAAGGCCUGUAUCCCGGAGGAAGCUACAAUGUUUCACUGUUUUAUUACUUGGAGUCAGAGCUGCUGCCACAGUGCACACACCACCUGACAUUAGAUCCAUAUAGUGUAUCUCAUCUCCGCUGUGAAUAUCAUUCUGGAGGGUAUGGUCUGGCUGUAAUUUGGGAUACUCCAUAUGGAGUUGUGGAUAGGGUGCAGGUGGAUGUAGAUAGAAAAAGUUUCAACAAAUCAUAUAGUUCAGAAAAACAAAUAAGACUGGAGAUAAAUGGCCUGCAAGCUGCCAAGAAGUACACUGUGACAGCAACAUCAUUUUCUGGAUCCAGGAGGAGUCAAACAGUAUCAGUCAACUGCGAAACAGAUCCAGCAGGUGUUAUAGCAGGAGUUCUUGUGUUUUUCCUCUUGGUCAUCAUUAUUUGUGUUGCUGUAUUUGCAUGGCGCCGCUAUGGUUCUGCAAAGCGCAAUAAAAUGACCAACCCACUUGUGGAGCCAAAAGUGCCUAAUAAAAAUUACAAACCGCUUCCCUUGAAUAAAUUUCCUGAACAUUAUCAAAACAUGAGUCGUGAUGAGAAUAGAGGUUUCAGUGAGGAAUAUGAGGACUUAAGUUCAGUUGGUAUAGAACAGUCUAGUAUAGCAGCUCUUCUUCCUGAAAACAAGGACAAAAACCGAUUUUCCAAUGUUUUAGCCUACGACUCCUCUAGAGUGCAUCUCACCACAAAAGAUGAGGGUGAUUCUGAUUAUAUCAAUGCUAAUUACAUGCCUGGCUACGGCAAUGCAAGCAGACAGUAUAUUGCUGCUCAAGGUCCACUGCCAUCCACUGUCAAUGAUUUCUGGAGAAUGGUUUGGGAGAAAGGAUCACAGGCCAUCGUCAUGUUAACCAACUGCAUUGAGAGUGGAAGGGUCAAGUGUGAGCAAUACUGGCCACUGGACUACACGCCGUGUCUGUAUGGGAACCUGCUUGUUACAGUGAAAUCGGAGGAUAAAUUGCCAAAUUGGACACUGCGAGAAUUUAAUGUCAAAAAUAAAGACACCUCUGAGACACGAACAGUGAAGCACUUCCACUUCACAGCAUGGCCAGAUCACGGUGUUCCUGCUGGCACAGAGGAGCUGAUCCAAUUCAGAGGACUAAUCCGUCAGCACAUAGAGAGCUCUUUCUCUGCAGGGCUGACAAUUGUACACUGCAGUGCCGGAGUGGGCCGGACAGGUACCCUGAUUGCGCUGGACGUCCUGCUACAGCAGCUGCACAAAGAAAAGGCAGUGGGAAUCGCAGCGUUUGUCCAGGAAAUGAGACUCAGCCGGCCACUAAUGGUGCAAACUGAGUCUCAGUAUGUGUUCCUGCACCAGUGCAUCAUGGAUAGUCUACAACCCAAAGCUGGGCCUAAGUCAGAGCCUCUCUAUGAAAACUCAGACAUGAUCUAUGUCAACGCAAUAGCAUUAAAAGAAUAUGACAAUCAAAGUCAAAUAUGAACAGAAAUAUAAGCCAUAUCAUAUGGUCCAAUGGCCCAUUUCAAAUACAUACCCUUCAAUAAAUAAAAGAUGAAAGCCUGGAUUAUUAUUAUUAUUAAUAUUAUUUUAGAUAAACACACUCUUCUGCUAACAACGCUGAAAUAUACUGGCCAUGGUAUUUUGAGCCUAAGCUAUAAAGCACUGAAAGUUUACCACUUAAACUUAACUGCCACUCUCUAUUUAACUAAAUAGCUGUGUAUAGGCUUGUUUUAAUGUUAUUUUUUUUGCUUGAUAAGCUGUGGUCUCUGAAAGGAAACUUUCCUUUAAGCUGUACUUAAUGCUGCUUACUUUGCACAUUGCUUUUAAAUGAGAAAUGUUUGUUAAAAUUGAAAUAAGAGGUGGUCUAUUUAAUGUCAGUUGAAUGUGAUUUAAUUUAGGUUAAUAUCAAAGUAUUUUUUCCAUCAUUUUUUAUUUUGCCAGUGUCACGUAUUCUCAGCUGCCUGGCGUAUAACAUGCUUUAAAGGAAUAGUUCAGCUAAAGACGAUUAUUGUCUAAUUAUUUACAUCAGGACUGGGUACCCUGAUUUAAAUAAUGUCAUAUCUGUAUGUAAAAUAGAGAAUGAUUUUUUCAGAGCUGCCAAGAAGGGGAAGGUUUUGCUUCACAGAUAUGGUUUCUGCGAACUGUUAUUAUAUGGAAAGAACUGUGUAAACAUUCUUCAAACAUUUGUAUUUCUUAAACUACCAAUCAGAGUUGUGGUCACAUUAGUGUAAUCUCAGUCACAUUUAAGUAACUUUCACAUUUGCCUUCAAAUAUUUGGGUAAAUAAUGUGUGUUGUGUUACCUGUUUUGGUAUUUGCUGUCAUGCUAUUUUUUUUUUGCACUGUAGUAAAACAAAAUUUUUACUGAACUGUAACUUUUAAAAAUAUUUACAUCAUGUCCUAACCAGGCAUGACAUGUUUCCAGCCACAAGCAAUUUGUAAACAAUUAACUUAAAAAUGAUUUUAAAAAGUACCAGGUAUUAACAUAUUUUCUGAACAUGGUACCAUUGUAAUACAUGUUUUUAGACACAACCAUGGCAACUCUUUUGUGCAUAUAUAAAUAUGAUAAUUAUUCGCUAUUGUGAUGUAUGUAAAAGUACCGUGGCACUAACAGCUGAUAGCAUCACUGAGCCAUGGUACCACUGCAAUAGCAUUUCUUGUAACAGACUUGUAUUAUUUAAAGGCUAAACAGUUUGUUUUUAUUCACAUCACUUGUUGACAAAUAUUAGCAUGUUAGCAUUAACUUAUUUUUAUCAACUGAAUAAAACUAUGUGAGGAUCAACUGGCA